CGGCGGCCUCCGCUUUAAGGUUACGUAAUUGGAUGACGCAUCUGAAAAGUGCAUCAUGUCAGCAAGUCUCCUCAACCGGAUGUCGCUCCGCCUCGCCUCCCUCGCUGCCCACCUGCGCCCUGCCCCCCGCUUUGCCCCCCGCUACUUUGCCUCCACCCGCACCAUAGGACAGUCAACCUCCAACGCCAUGUCCAACGACAUCAAGGCCUUCGUCGACAAGACCAUCGCAGACAACAAGGUCGUCGUCUUCUCCAAGUCCUACUGCCCCUACUGCAAGCGCGCCAAGCAGUACCUCGCCGAAGACACCAGCGACGUCCUCGUCCUUGAGCUCGAUGAGAGGGAAGACGGCUCGCAAAUCCAGGCCUACCUUCCCACCCUCUCUGGCUUCUCCACCGUGCCCCAGAUCUUCAUCAACAAGGAGUCUAUUGGUGGUUCCAGCGACCUCCUCAAGCUCUCCCAUGACCAGGUCAAGGCCAAGAUUGCUGCCUAAUCAGGUCUGAAUGAAGGAAGAAUGGGACGACUGAGAUGAUAAAAGUCGAUCUAUAAAGUAUGCAUUUGUUGUCGAAUGCGCUUCCUCGCUGCUGCUCCUGUACAUACAUGCCAUGCAAUCGUCUCUC